GGGCAUGUUUCGUCAAUCCGGCAGAUGCAGCGACCACGAUUGAGUCUCGAUCUGCUUCGAUUCACGACAUUCUUCAGCACGGCGGCGAUCCAUGUGGCAGCAGAGUUUCGGUUCGCACGGACCUGCGAUCGAGCGCGGGUGUUGGCCGAAGUGUUGGCCUUUCUACUGCUGUCUCCACCAGGCAACAACCACGUGUCAGUGAUUGUCGCCUUCACCGGCGAUCUUAUGACAUUGCACCCAUCGUCCCACACGGGCGUCCUCCGCCAGUUGCGACUCUGGGCGCAGGAAGUCACGACCGCGUGGAUCCAACUGUUAGCGCAGCCAAGUGAUUGGAUUGAAUCCACUGGCGGCAUCGAUCUCAACCAGCUCUGCCUCUCUCCUGCUGCGCCAGAGGUCAUCAUCCCGGAGCUUCUUCCCUUCUCCGCUACGAACGUCCCUCUCUCUUUUCGGAUCAAGGAGUUGGACGUGUCGAUCCUUGACGCCGGCAAGUGGGCGGAGUGGUGGAACGCGUACGUCGCACUCAGCUUUUGUCUCCUCGAGGUGGUGUUCCAUUGGGCGGAAGACGAGGUUCCCGACGACGAGGUGGAGCUCCUAAUAAUCCAAGCGUGGAGAACGGACACGGAAGGGGAACUGCUGGGGAUUCUGUUCGGAAAAGUGCGGGACGGCCACCUGGAGCCUAUCACGAGCAAAGUCCCGGUGUUCCUCGCGCAGCUCCUGGACGAUCUGCCUCUAGACAUCCUUUCGCUCUGUGACGAGCGGUCCACACAAGCGGCGCUCACCCGUACGCUGGUACCACACCUGUUGUGUUCCACGUGUACGGAGCUUGACGGUGACAACUGCUACUACCCCUCCUCGGGCCACUAUCUGGUUAUUGACGUGACCGAUCUCACCUUGUGGGAUCCGAUCAUCCGAAGGGUGGAGGUGGAAGGAGAAGCCGACCGCGAAGAGGUGGAGGAAGAGAGAGAGGAGGGGAGCGAAGAAGAGGAAGAAAACUCGGGGGCGGAAUCUAACGACCCCGAUUACCACGAGUCGGAGGAGGGUGAACUGGGAGAGAGUGAGUCAAACGAAUUAGGCGGCCCCAACGAACGGAGUGAGGAAGAUGAAGGAGCGGCAUAGAAGAGGCAGGAAAGGGCAGAAGGAAAGCGGUCGGUGGAAGAGUCGGAUGGACCCGUGGCGCAGCUAUUUCAA